AUGCAGACGAUUCAAUACGCUCAGCACUAUCCUCAUGGACCUCCUCAAUUCACGCCGUUGAGCGGCUACUCACCCUAUCCGCCAGCGUCAAUGGCGGAUCCGAGAUUACCACCACCCAUUCCACUCUCACACGCGCCUGUACAGAGCAACAAACGGUUGGCACCUCCAAUGCCUCAUCCACAGGAGACUCCACCAAAGAAGAAGCAAUCGAAGUGGACUGCCGAUGAGGAUCGAUCGAUCAUUGAAUUGCGUGGGAACGGUAUGAAGUGGGAAGACAUCUCGAAGCAUCUACCUGGACGGAGUGCAAUCAGUUGUCGAUUGAGGUUUCAGAACUAUCUUGAACGUCGAUCGGAAUGGGACGAGGAGAAGAAGAAUAAGCUCGCUCGACUCUACGAGAGAUUCAAGAAAGACAUGUGGGAGAAGAUUGCAAAGGAGAUGCAACUGCCAUGGCGAGCGGCCGAAGCCAUGCACUGGCAAAUCGGCGAGGUCGAGAUGGCUCAACGAGCAAAUGUACCCGUCUUCCACCUCGCACACCAACCAGGCUCUUCGUCGACUCAGGCUGGUCCUGGGUCAGACGCCUACCUCAAAUACCACACGCACACACUCAUCCACACUCUCCCGAACAAUCACGACUACGACGGAACAGCAGCGACUCGUUACCUGGUGGACCUUCAUUACGACGACGAGCAGACAGCGCACGUUCAGUUCCUAGCUCUGCAACACCCCUCGGCAGAGGACAACUUCCACCACUCAUCGACAUCGCCGGCACAGUAUCAGCAACUCCUCGAUACACAUUACCACCCGUAG